CAUGCUAGAGAGAAAGAAACCAAGAGAACAUUGCCUUAAAAGGAAUUCAAAUAAGUACAAUGACAAACAUGAUUUCUAUUGUAAAAGUUCCCUGACAUCACGAAAGACGCUGAUUGGAUGAGGAAAGGGAACAUGCUAGAAGGGCCCCUUGGGUGAUAAAAAGAGAGACGUGAUGUCCCUUGUCUUGGGUGUGCUGCUGGAAGCAUCUCAGUGGGCUUUCCUCGGCCUACUUGCUGUGGGUGUGCUACUUGAAGCACCUCUGGUUUGCAACUCUGUGUGUUGUCUGUCUUUUGCGGUGGCUGUUAGCAGAAAAUUGGUAUCGAGACUUGACUGCUUUACCAGCCCAGUUGGUGAAUUCCUCUUGCAAUGGCGAGUGCUGGCCACCAGGUGUGGGUUGGCUUCAUUGAUGGCCUUCCAGUGGUGGGAUCUGUGAAAGAGGCUGUGGAGUGGGUUCUGGCUGUAGCUGCUGAUGAUUCACUUAAGGCAAAGCUGAAACUAGACGCCAUCAAUGGAAGACUCCCACAGAAGAGCAGAUAUGAUAAGUACUCGCGGAGUUCGUCAGGAUAUGCUUCUGACAGCACCUGGGCUGGAUAUUCCUCUGACAGCUCUACAUCAUCUGGAUUCUCUUCAGGCAAACCAGCCAGGCACGACACAAAGUAUGAGCUGAAAUGUGUUCCUGACGUGAACCUGAAGGCCUACAUCACAGAAGUAGCAAAAGGAACGAAAAGCCAGCAGACAGGGAAACCACCAGUGAAAUCUAAAACGGAUCAGAAGAAAUUGCAAGAGAUUCGGGAUAUGACACUGCGGAAGAUCCAACGUAUCAACCAGAAUUUCGAAUUCAACAACCCUCUUGUUGAUGAUGGUAAAAGGGCCAGAAGGGGAGAGCAUGUUAUCAACAAUGAUGUAAUUUCAUUUUACUACAAAACUGUAGAUGAUUUCAUGAAGGAAACCUUCUAUAUGCCAAACACACUUGGGAUUGAGUCUCCCCUUGAUAAUAACACAAGUGAAGCCAUUCAAACUGAGUUGGUAGUGCAUUUUGAUGAAGAUGAGCUGUACAUCAAUGCUAAUGCACUGAUAUAUGGUGAGUACAGUCGAGUGCUGAAGCAGGCCCUUAAAAGUUGGCUGUUAGCACCAAGCCAGGAACUUGUUGGGCCUGUGAACCGCAUUGUACAGAUCAUGAAUGAGGAGGAGGCUUAUGUUGAUCCGCUGGCAAGGGACAAAUAUAUUAGGAAUCAGAAUGCCAGACGAGUUCGUGUUGAGACUAUCAGAGGACGGGUGGUAGAUAUGUUAACCAACUGGCUGCAAUAUUUUCAGGCCGCUAAAACUGGAAUCGACGCCAUACAUGCCCGCAGGUAGUGAGUUGGCCUGGCCUUAAUGAUAAACAAGGGAUAGCCUCAAGGAUAAAUGCCUCUGCAAAGAAUGGAAUUUUAACCAAGCAAUUUCUUUGUGGACUCAUGACUUGUGUUUCUUACUGAAUUGUUUGCUUAAUAGGACAGCAGAGGACAAGGCUGCAUGUCAAGUUCAAUAAACAUAGAAUAAACCUUGUCCUUGUCAUGCCAAUUGUGUUUACAAAUUGUUGAUUAUACCUGGCAAGCUUCACUUAAUAAAUUAAGUCUUUGUAGAACAC